GACUCGAAUUAAGAAAUCGUUCAAUCGAUUUCAAUUCCUCGAAGAGAAGAGAGUCGGGAGGGCGCCAUGAUGAUGGGACUGGCCUUUGCAGUAGGGGGAAGGGAAGGAGACUGGAGUUUGGUGGUACCUAGAUCGGUGGUAGACAUUUACGGUGAAGAAGCCGGAGUGGAGCUGGUGAAGCAGUGGGAAAAAUUGAGUAUGGCGGCAGAAGGGGUGUUUGCCAAUCUCGCUCUUGAUGCAAGUUCAUUCGACAUCCGAGUUUUGGAUCGCUCAAACGGAACUCUUUUGAAACUAGGGAGAUGCAACGUCUUUCGCAAUUGGAGCAUAGAGAAGUUAAGGGCGAGUUUUGGAAGGGAACAUAGGCUCGAAACGGAAAAGGGCCUAGAUGUGUUGUUGACAUUCCUCAAUCGGAAUGCCUUCUGCACUAUCAAUAGACCAUCAGGGAAAGGAAAAUUCUUGGUGAUCGAAAGAGGAUUGAUCGAAAGGAUGCUGGAUCAUUGGAUACUUGGCGAAUUGCUCGCCCGUUACACCUUGGCCAGAGUCUUUGGAAAGACGAUCGAUGAGUUGAAUGAAGAAGAAUUGGAAAUUGUGAAGGUGGCCUGCGAAGCAGAGAGCAAGGCCUGGAAGGGCAGAGGAAGAUGGGAUUUUGCGGCAUUGGGGAUUGUCAUUGCCCUCUCGGGAGGAUCGAGGAGAGAACUGGUAGUAGAACUGCUGAGGGGAAUGGAGGCGGAACUAUGGGGAAGAUGCAGAGUCACCACGCCAAAAACACUUGUCUCGAAGAUAUUAAAAGAGGCCAGUAAGGAGGAAAGAGAUUUGCUGCUAUUAGAGGACCUUUUCAAAUUCGGUGAAGGUGCCUGGAUAACCACUCUUGGCUGUAAGAGGCUAGGACUCGAUUCAAAAUCUGUCUUCGCAGAUGGAGGAGCAAACCUGAGUCUUGCAGUAUCCUGGAGAUCGCUAACCAGACGGUAUGCACAGGACGAUCGCCCAAUCUUCAUACCCCUGUCAAACGAGAUCUCAGCAGGCAAUACGAAUCUGGAGUAAGGCCUUCAUCAUCAGAGAGAGACCCAGAUCGAUUUGCCUCGACGCAAUCUCAGUCCCCCGAAUUCGCCCCCCGAAUCC